AUGCAGUCUGGUGGCUCCAUCCUCCUUGUGUUGCUCCUCGCCAUCUCGGCUGAAUUGACACUCGUCUCUGGCCAUUAUCAUCCAGAUUUUUGCCACAUGCCUGUGCAACGUGGACUGUGUUAUGGCUACCAUCACCGUUUUUUCUACAAGCCCUCGUCCAACCAGUGCAAGAGCUUCAUUUACGGUGGCUGCGGUGGGAACAAAAACAAUUUUAGAACUUUCAUGGAAUGCCAGCGAAAAUGCAUAGGUAAGUGA